AUGGCUGAAAAUAAAGUUGAGGAAAAGGAAGGAGCGAGGGAAAGGAAGGGAAAGGAGGGGAAAGGAAGGUGGAAAGAGAGGAAAAGAGAAGGGAAAGAGAGAAAAAAGAUGCGUUUAACAAGAAUUGAUAUUCACAAA